AGUUUGUUUGUAACAAAAAAUUUAGAUGACAGAUUGGCCCUACAAAAUUUUGAUGAGCUACGAAAAUUAGAGACUUUUUUGAGGCGAAGCAGCCCCACCCACAACGUCACCGUUUCCGCCACUUUUGUGAUCUCUUCAUCGCUCUGGCGACUCCACUAUAGUGCCUGAUAUGCUGUAAUUUGUAAGCCCAACCAGCGGUUGGAGUAUUGCAGGCUUGUCUUCAGUGCAAUGGGUGAAAGUGGGAAGCGUCCUCGUUCAUAUCGAGAUGAUGCAGACAGCAAGAACCAGAGGAGGAGAACUGAUAGGGAAAGAGAGAGGGAUGAAAAGGGAAAUGAUGAAGUAGUAGUGUACAGGAUUCUGUGUCCCGAUAGUGUUAUUGGGAGUGUGAUUGGAAAGAAUGGAAAAGUGAUAAAUUCCAUCAGGCAAGACUCAAGAGCAAAGGUAAAAGUGGUGGACCCAUUUCCAGGUGCUAAAGACAGAGUUAUUAUUAUCUAUUGCUAUGUAAGGGAAAAGGAAGAAGUUGAAGUUGAUGAUGAAUUCAAUGAUAAUCAACCUCUUUGUCCCGCACAAGACGCCCUACUCAAGGUGCAUGCCGCGAUUGCAAAUGCACUAGCUGUACUUGGAGAAUCGGACAGAAAGAGGAAAGACAGAGAGAGGGAAGAAUGUCAGCUUCUUGUUCCAUCUAGCCAGUCUGCUAAUAUUAUCGGGAAAUCUGGUGCAACCAUUAAGAAAUUGAGGAACAAGACUAGGACAAGCAUCAAGGUUACUGCUAAGGAUGCUGGUGAUCCAUCUCAUUCUUGUGCGCUAGAGUUUGACAAUUUUGUUAUGAUAUCUGGUGAGUCAGAGGCGGUCAAGAAAGCACUUUUUGCCAUUUCUGCGAUUAUGUACAAGUUUACAGCAAAGGAAAACAUUCCUCUUGACACUUCUGUCCCCGAAGCACCGCCAAGCAUAAUUAUUCCAUCAGAUGUUCCAAUGUAUCCUGCUCCCGGACUUUAUCCAAAUGUAGAACCCAUUAACCCUGCUAGACCAGUGCCUUCUAUCUUAGGUCAUUCACAUGCACCCGAUAUCCCAGGCUAUGCUGAUGUCGGGGGAACAUGGCCAGUAUAUUCAUCUGCUCUUCCAGUGGUGUCUGGUUAUGGUGGUGCGUCACGUUCUGAGGAAUUAACCAUAAAAGUGCUGUGCCCUUCUAACAAGAUUGGCCGUGUUAUUGGGAAGGGUGGAAGUUCCAUUAAAGGUAUAAGGCAAGAGAGUGGUGCUCGUAUUGAAGUUGAGGACCCCAAGACCAACAAUAGUGAGUGUGUCAUCACUGUGAUCUCCUAUGAGUCAUCAGAAGAUUUGAAAUCCAUGGCAGUUGAAGCUGUUUUAUUGUUACAAGGAAAGAUAAAUAGUGAAGAUGAUGAUACUGUAACUAUGCGGCUCCUUGUUCCUUCAAAGGUUAUUGGCUGUAUCAUUGGAAAAAGCGGUUCUAUCAUCAAUGAAAUUCGGAAAAGAACUAAAGCAGAUAUACGAAUUUCUAAAGGCGAGAAGCCUAAAUUUGCUGAUGGAAACGAUGAACUUGUUGAGGUCUAUGGACAAGUUAGUAAUCUGAGAGAUGCACUUAUUCAGAUUGUUUUGAGGCUUCGAGAUGAUGUAUUAAAAGAUAGGGAAGACAUCCACAAUGAUUCUACUGGUGUCGAGGCAUUAUAUGCUGGUGGUGCAUCUCUUCCAGUGUCAUCAGUUUUCCGCAGUGGACACUCUGGUGCUGCAUUAAGUUAUGACCAAAGGGCUGAUACAGGCAGUGGUUUGGGAUUGCUUUCCUCCAGUGGAUAUGGAUAUGGGUCCUUACCAAUGGGGGACAAUGGCUAUGGAUCCUUGUCUUCACAUUCAACAUCACUGUUUGCAGGGUUGCCUCCGCCAUCUGUUCUGGAAAUGGUCAUCCCUGCACAUGCAAUGGGUAAAGUAAUAGGAAAAGGUGGCACAAAUAUUGACAAUAUCCGCAAGAUAUCUGGAGCGGCGAUUGAUAUUCCAGAUUCCAAAUCUUCGCGAGGGGAUCGUGUGGCUAUAAUAUCAGGCACCUCUGACCAAAAGCGUGCUGCUGAAAACUUGAUUCAGGCAUUCAUUAUGGCAACUUAAGUUUCAGGAGUAGCUCCGUCCAUGUGAACUUGAAAGUAGUUCAUAACUGGGGUUUGUGAUCAAAGGUUACUUCUCUCGUGGUCCUUUAGGUCCCGUUCGUGGAGAUCAAUCUUCUUCUUAGGCUUCUGGUGGAUUCUCAUCUCUUCUAUAGGGAAUCUUAUGAAGAUGCUUCUAGAAGUUUUAUACAUAUCUAUUUCUGAGUGAUAUCAAUUCUAGUUGCUGCAUGAUAAGGAUAAAUUCAUCUGCAGCAACAUCAUAAGGGAUAGGAAAUUUCUUUCCUUUCGUUUCAUUUGGCAGACUCUCUUCUUGAAAUCUUAUUUCCUGCAUGCUUGGCUCAUGAUUGGAUGUUAACUUGAUUUUCAAGAUCAUAACACAUAAUCUUCUAUGUAUCCCUUCCUUGCUUUCUGCUGCUGCUUCUGUCUUAUUGAUGUGCCUCUAAUCAAAGGUCUCUUCCUCAUGUGCCUUUCCGUGCUCAUCAUAUUUAUAGAAAUAAGCUCAGAGUGACCUCUGUCCUAAUAAAGUGUACUCCUUCCGUUCUCGCAAGAUAAUAUCUCUAUCGUUCAGCUCAAUCAUAAGCUACAAAUUCUGAUAUGCUUGUUAUUGAAUAGCUUGCAUUGGUUUCCUUGUUCGCUAACUAAUCUGAUCCCAUAUUGUAUUGUCCUCCAAAAUUUCUUCUCAAAUCCUCCAGAAGAUCCAUUGACAUGUUCUUUAUGGGGAUAGAAGACAUGUCAGUAUCACAUUCGGUUACCCAUAAUCUUCAUUUAAAAGUUUACCGGUUACCUUGUUUCAGUUAUAAUCAAUUGAACCUUUAGUACCAGACAGUAUUAUUCUAUUUUCCAUCAGGUAUGGCCCAUACAACCUUUUUUUGCUGGCCUGCAUGGGUUUAUACUGAAUGACUGAUGAGAAUAUUAAGAUCAGACCUAGCUCAUCGAAUCGAGACAUUAAACUAGUUCUUUACUAGUAAGGAGUGAAUCUACACUCCCUCGUGCAUUGAGUUCAUUGAUUAAAUAAGAUUUUGGAUCCUUUAACUUGUUUUCUUUCUAAUCUAUGUGUUGACAUUAUUUGUUCUCACAUACUACCCUCAUCCUCGUUCGAAAAGACUCUUCUCCGUGCCCUUCCCUAUGAAAUGAUACUAGAUGACAGGGUCUUGUUCUGCAGAGACUAUAAUGAUAUCUCCACCUUCAGAUUCUCGAUAAGAUUUAGAUCCGCUCUGCACAGCUCAUUCUCCACCUAGUUAAUGAGAGUAGUUUGUUUAGUUUCUAAUCCUUACUAUGAUCUGUAUUGAUCUAACAUCACUUCUUUAUAUAAUAGAGCACUUAUGCUGUUUCUGAAUCAGAAUAGAAUCUUGAAUCUAAAAACUCUGCUGCAUAUGUGAGGUUUUACUUGAUGCUCGUAUAGUUGGGACGUCAGUGCAAUUUAUUUCUUCUUUCAGCUCCUUAAGUUUGUUCCUAGCAAAACAGGGUAACAGUUUCGUGAUCUGGUGAGUACUUAGAUUUGCUCGAUUCUCACUCAUGGCUUAUCUGCGGUAUCUAUAUGUGUUGGUACCAUGUCAGUAAUAGUAUUGUUAUAGCAGAUGCAAUAGUUAAAUGCUAACAACUCUAGAUCUUAAGUAGAGCUGGUUUAUACCGUUUCACAUUGCUUCUACCCUCGUUUAGAUGAUCGUGUCUUAAUAUGUUCCCGAUUAAGGUCAUGGCUGUGAAGUUAUGGCAGAUGGAUUGCCCUAGUAGAUCUCGAGUUUCUUACUGCAAAGAGCUCCUUCGGGGCGACCCCAAAAUCUUAGUCUUAGAUUUGGUUAUGGUGGGAGACGAGGGCUCGUAAUUGUAUGUUCAGAGGUGUAUAUAUAUAUCCGGUUUCAAGUAAUUCUUUUAGGUCUAUUGCUGAUUAAAAUCAAAGUAUUUGAAUCAGAGUGUUGUAAGAAUAUUGUAUAACAUGUAAAGAGGCAGGAAAUUUUUGUUUUCUACUUGAA